GUAUAUUCAAAUGGCUUUUGUAUAUAGAAGUGAAAAUAGAGGGACUUACAUACCAAAAACGGAAUAAGUAGGACCUGGACAAUAUGAUCAUAUUCCUGAAAUUGAAUCAAGAUCUAAUCAUCAUCCAUUUAACUCAACUGUCGAUAGAAUACAUAAAUCUAAUUAGCUCCAUCCUAUUCCUGGCCCUGGAACUUAUAAUCUGUCUGGCUCCUUCGAGUGUCAGAAGGUGAUAUUCUAAUCUGAUGAACAAGAAAUCAAAAUUUUGGAAGUACCUAAACCAAUAUCAGUUUUCAGAUCGACUACUGUGAGAUUUAAAGAUGAUAGAUUUGAAGGACCAGGGUAAAAGUGUCUCAUCUAACUAUAGACCAACUCAAUACUUUCAAGAAGAAAGGAAGAAAUUUCAUUCUGCAGGCCAAGUGAAUCGCUCAAAAAAACUCAAUAUUUUAGAGUAAUUAGUAAAGGACAACAAAUACAUCAGCAUACCAUCCAUCCCUUCCAAUGUUCAUUAAGGCUAUAUUGAGAAUAAAGGUUUUACUCAAUAAUAAAUAAAGACAAUCAAUUGGAAUAAAAUCCUGUUGACUCAUCAAAUGAUGUUGGACCAGGAUCAUAUGACUUUAAAAGUACAUUCAACAAUACAAAACCCAGAGGAGUUUCUUGGCAUAAACCAAGAAGCUAAGAGAAAAAAGACUAUAAAUCAUCUAUCGGCCCUGGUUAUUAUGAUGUCAGCAGUCAAUCUUAACCUAUGUACCAAAUGAAACCAACCACGGCAUUUAGUUCUAAAUAAAGUAGAAAUUCUGAUUUCAGAUUUCAAAAUCUUAAAAGCAACACUGGAUAUAUUAAAAAGGGAUUGGAUAAUAAAUAAUAUAGUUUUCAUCAAUCGACCAAUCCAGCCACUACUGCUAGAGAAACAGAUGCUGAUUCAGAAUAUAGUUAUAUCGAAGUACUAUAUUUAAAUGAAUUAGGAUGCAACACCAGGUCCUGGUUACUAUGAAAAUGCUUCUACUUAAUAAACUAUUUCUUAAUUUUUAAAUUAAUCUCAAAUUAAAGGAUCAAUUAAAACUAGAACUAAAAGAUUCCAAACAAAGUCAUAACAUACUCCUGGUCCUGGUAGUUACUAAUUGGAAAUAGCUGCUCAAAGAUAUAAAGGUUCCUAACCUCCAUUUUUGAUAAGCAAGAGUAGGUUUGAGGAAUCAAGUUCUGAAACUCCUGCUCCAGGGUAAUAUAAAGCCAGUAAUACAAUGGAAUAAAAAUUGAUCUAAAAGCUAAUGAAGGCCCCCUUGGGAUAGUUUGGAGUUAAUGAGAAUAGAUUUAAAGAAUAAAAGUUAUUAGUACCUGGUCCUGGAGCUUAUGAAGUCAAUAAAAUAGAUGAUGAAAAAAAGGAUAAGAAAUUACCAGAACAAAAGGGAACAUUUGCUUUUAUGAGUCAUGCUCCUAAAAGUUAGGAUCUAUCAAUUCCAAACAUAAAUCCUGCUCCAGGUGCCUAUAAUCUAAAUUAACAUACAAUUGCCAAUAAAAUUAUUAAACCAGAAGAGGAAGAUCCUAAGCUGGCAGUAGUUAAACCUCCAUUUGGAGUUGGAGCUGAGAGAUGGAAAAUAAAAGAAGCUAAUGAAGAUGAGGAAGAGGAUGAGCCUUUUUAUUUAGAAAAAUCAGCAUAAAAUUAAUUAGGAAUAUUUAAAAAGAAAAAGAAAGAUCCACCUCCAUUUAUGUGCAAGGUAUUAAUAUAAUUAACAUAAAUAGCAAGAACGAUUUUCAAAAAGCGUUCCUAAAAAUAUUAUCCCCGGUCCGAUGGAUUAUGCUGAUGGAAUGUUUCCGAAUUGGAAUAAAAGGACAUUUAACAUAAUAUUUGCUGAGAUUUGA